UGUGACAUCAAGAUCAAGGCCAAGACUGACUGUAAACAAACGCUCCUUGGCAACGUGCCGCCAAGACCUUCCAUCGUGUGUCAUUAUCUCGUCCCCCGGGUGUCCACUGUCCCCUGAGUGUCCUGCCCCUGAGUGUUGCCGCCAUGGAGAUCCAGCUGGCCGGGGACGUGCGGCGCGUGCAGGCCAUGGUGGGGCUGCCCGGCGCCGCCCACCCCCGCCUGGUCACGCCCGGGGAGGUCAUCUCGCAGGACACCAGCUUCAUGAGAGGCCAUGGCACCUACAUGGAGAAAGGUGUGCAGGUGGCAUCCGUCGCUGGCUAUGUGACUCGAGUGAACCGCCUCAUCACUGUAACCCCCCUGCGCCAGGUGUACCAAGGUGCGGUGGGGGACACAAUUGUUGGGCGCAUCACCAAAGUACAGAACAACAGGUGGAAGGUUGAUGUAAACUCAAGACUGGAUGCAGAGUUGAGGCUUUCAAACAUUCAGCUGCCAGGAGGAGAACAGAGGAGGUGUAACUUGGAGGAUGAGAGAGACAUGCGGGCACUGCUGACUGAAGGAGACUUGGUGUGUGUCGAGGUGCAGAAGAUAUGUGAUGAUGGCUUGAUGAGGCUGGCCGCACGGAGCAUAAAAUUUGGAAAGCUUUCUCAAGGCACUUUGCUCGCCGUGUCCCCGUCUCUCAUUGUGCAAGACAAGCAGAGGAUGCAUGACCUGCCCUGCGGAGCUCGGGUGGUGUUUGGGGCAAAUGGCUAUGUUUACAUAACCCCAACGGUGCCCCAAGAACAAGCUUCCACCUAUAUUGUCAACUUUGAAGAGGUGCCAGUUGAAGUCCGGAAAACAAUAGGCCGCUUGAGGAACUGCAUAAAGCUCUUGGCCACCCACUCCAUCAUGAUCUCCCCCACCAGCGUCAUGACAGCUUUCGACACGUCCAUUGAGCAAGAAUUUGAGAUCAAAGAUUUACUGAAGCCAGAUGUGAUGCAGGAUGUGGCUUUGGCAACAGUGCAAUCCAUCAAUGAAUGAAGCUGAUGGAUAUAAAUUCAGUUAACCUGUUUGCAUCAGGUCUUCUAUUGUGUUUCAGAUCUUUUCAGUAAUGGUUCUUGUAUGUUUGUAAUUAAAUUUUUACACAAUAUAAA